AUGCCACUCCCCAUCUUCAUAAGGUUUAUGGCCAAAUAUAAUCAUGUCCCGCAGAGACUUGUCAUUGAUCUGUGGCUGAACUUUGUUCUUUUAAAGAGAUUGCAACCGUUCUUGUUGAUGUCAAAGAAUAUAGAUUUGACUGUCUUGGGUUGGAUUCCGCUUUCCAGUAUAGAUAAUAAUAACUUGGAUCUUUAUAGGUUCACAAGUAUUAGAAUCAACUCUUCUUCAGAAAGGAAACUACUACAACAUUUGCCCAACUCCUUAAAAUUCUUGGAAUUGGAUCUUGAUGAUAGCUCUAAGAGACGACAACAACCAGUGACCCUUCAACUUUAUAACCUCCAAAGAUUGACUUUAAUUAAUGAUGAAGGCUUGAGUCCUCAUAGAAUCUCUUUGGUAUGUCCUAAUUUAACAGAAUUGAUCCUAACUAUAUCCAAUAAUGAUGUUUUGGAUUGGUGUGUUUGGCUCAACAACACCCGGACACCUACCAGCAGGCAAUUGGAAUCUUUAACUAUGAAUAUUGGUCCUUCGGAAAACAGUGGGUUCCUACAACCAUCACCACAACUUGAAUUGUUCCUACCUGAUCAUAUAAAACAUUUGCUGUUGAAACUUGCAAAUCUGGAUCUCUUUGAAUGUCCAGCACUUUUGGAUUUAAGUGAAUCUACUUGUCUUACAUCUUUAACUCUUGAAAAUGUGAUCGUGUCCCAACUUGAAUUACCGGAAACUUUAUCCAAACUCGUGAUUGAUAUUAACCAUGAUAAUGGAUUCAGAUUGGAUUCCUUUAAUGGUUGGGUAUUACCAAAGAACCUUUCGACGUUUGAAUUACAUUCAAGUUGGUUUAUUGAACUGUUUGAUUUGAAAUUACCAACCUCAGUAUCAACUUUAAGACUUAUGGGUAUCCCAGUUGAGAAAUGGGUAGCAGAUUUGCAACUUCCAAAUUUACAAACAGCAGUGAUAGUAACAUCAAGAGUAUCAGAUGAUGUAGAAGAUCCACCAGCAUUGAAAGCAUUCUUAUCUAGAAAUGAUGAACACCUUCAAACCCAAUGUAUUGUUGGGCCCUUCCAUACUACAUAUUAUAUUUCUUCUGCGUUGCAACUUUCCAAGAAUGAUGUAUUCAAACAACACCAAACUUUACUCAAACGCACGGUGGAAGAUCGUGGAAUGGUUCGGAUUACUUCAAUUGCAGACUUUUUCCAUUUCCCAGCUCAUAUUGAUUCCAUAAAUAUCACCCUCCAUCAACCUGAUCAUUUAUUAUUGAAGACAUUUGGAGAAUUUCUUCUUGGUAGUAAUCAACUUACAAGGUUAAAUAUUGCAUGGCAUUCUAAUUCAUUUAGUGAAGUGUUACUCCCCUCCAAUUUGAAAGAUUGCUCAAUUAAAGCACACACUCCAAUUCAAGUAUCAGAUUUCCAUACUCCAACUUCAGAAGGGUUGGAUACAAUUUUCAAUACCAAAAAUUGUCUUGGACUUCGUCGAUUGGAAAUAGUUGGUGUUCGUACUAUGGAAAUGGAUUUCAACAAGUUCCCCAGUUUACAUACCUUAAUCACCGAUAGCGAUAUCCAACAAAAAGAUUAUUCUUUAACUCCGUUUGUUCAUGUAAAGAACUUGAAAUGUUUACAACCCAUUGCUGGAUUACAAAACGUUGAUUUUGAACUAUUCCCCAAUUUACAAACCCUAGAUUGUCAAUUACCAAUGGCCAAUUCAUCACUUCGACUUCAUGGGAUGACUAAACUUUGCAAUUUAAGAAUGACUGAACAUCAAUUCACAUUCACUAGUAUCCCCAGUUCAUUGCCUUCCAGUCUUCGGAUUCUUCAUUUUACAACCAUCGGUGAUAAUCUUCGUUUAGAUGCAAGACAAUGCCACAACCUCUUUGUGAUUUCAUUCCAACUGCUUCAAUUAUCAGUGAUUAAAUCAUUAAUUGAUAGUCUUCCAACUAACAACUCAUUGAAUGCCAUUUGUCCUCAUAAAGAUUUGGGCAACCUGUAUGAAGGAGGAUACGAAUGCAUUAGACGACACUUCCCAAAAUUAGUCCCAUUGAUUAAUUUGGGUCCAGUACCUCAAUCUUCAGUGUUUGAUACUACUGUCAUGUGUAAGUAA